AUGGUAGAUUGGCUCGGGGGCAGCAAGUGGGAAGAAUAUUUCGCGAACGCACCGCUUGUCUUCAAGCCCCGUAUACUUGCAGAAGGCCAAGCCCUAAGCCAUACAAUCGACGACAAUGAGUGCCAACUCUGCUUCCAGGAAACCAGAAAUAGCGGCUGCAUCGUUAAAUGCAGGGUUUGCCAACGCGUUGCGCACCAGCAUUGUCACGACAUCUACCGCAUGCGCAAAGCACCAUGCGAAGAAGACACUGGAUGUCCACUGUGCUGUCCGCAAUGCCCAUGGAACCCCAUCAAUCAAGGUGAUGUCCCGUCAACAGCAACGGCGAGGAGGAAUCGAACGUUGGAAAAGAAGGUGCGCAAGCUCCAACGUCAGCUCCGUCGAAAGCCGGCCAGUCGUGUUAUGUCUUCCCUUCGUUAUGAAAGGCUGGCGAAAAAAAUUGGGAGGAAGGGUACAAAGUACAGAAGAAACAAGCUGAUCAUGGCGGUGAAGAAGGCUGUUAAGUCAGAAGAUGCGCAGACGAAACAUGAAGACAAGGCUGCUGUCCUCAAAGAGGAGAUGGAAUCCCCAGUGAAGAUCAUCAAGGUUGAGAAAACGAGGAGAUUGAAGUCUGAACCGGUGGUCAUUAGCUUGCUUUGA